AGGGGCAGGGUUUCCGGGGUGGGCGUGACCGAGGUGGGCGGGAGACGGGUUUUAGGGGCCCGGGUUAGUCAGAGCCUCCCCUAGCGGGUUUCCCAGCCGGCGGCGACCGCCUUUGUCCAGGCCCUGCCCGCCGGCUUCACCUCGCGCCGUCCCGUCCCUCUCGCCCCCCACCCAGCUCUGAACUCGGGGCCCAGUCCCCUGAGCUCUGCCCUCGGAUGUCCCAGCGCCCGGAGCCUGCAUGCGCCGUGGGGCGCUCCAGGACCAGGAGCUGGUGGGUUCGGGGGCUCUUGGACGCGGGCCCCGGGGCGCCCCUGCCUCCUCAGGACCUGUCGUCCCGGUUCUCGUCUUCCCUCCGGAUCUGGUAUUCAGGGCAGACCAGCGGAGCGGCCCCCGACAGCUGCUGACUCUCUAUAACCCCACAGGAGCUGCACUUCGCUUCCGAGUCCUGUGCACAGCACCUACCAAAUACACCGUGUUUGACGCCGAGGGAUAUGUGAAGCCUCAAUCCUGCAUUGACAUUGUGAUUCGCCACGUGGCCCCCAUUCCUAGCCACUAUGACGUCCAGGACCGCUUCCGGAUUGAGCUUUCACAGGAGGGAGCUGAGGGCAGAGUGGUGGGGCGCAAAGACAUCACCUCCGUCCUGAGGGCCCCCACAUACCCCCUGGAGCUUCAGGGACAGCCUGACCCAGCACCCUGCCCAGAACAUCCUUCCUGGACAGCACCAGCCCCAGCCAGACAUUUGCCCGAGAGGUCUGGAGCUUCCAGUCACCUGGAGCCGCAUUUCCCAGCCCCCCACCCACCACUGGCCACCAGCUCCUUCCUCCUCUUCCUGCUGGCGGGCGUCGUGUCCAUGGCAUUCCUGCUGCUCCCACUCCAGGACGAGCUCGGCAGCCAGCUACCCCAGAUCCUGCACGUGUCCCUGGGGCAGAAGUUAGUGGCAGCCUAUGUCUUGGGCCUCCUCACCAUGGUGUUCCUCCGAAGCUGAGCAGGUGCUCGGCCUCUGCCCACCCCCUGGGCUGCAUCAUGGGACGCAAGCCAGCCACUGUGAUGCCCGGACCUUGAUUCCUGCUCCUUUUCCCUCCUUCCUGCCUUCCCCUCACCCUCAAGGGGGAAAAAUAAAAGCAGGGAUUUGUAGUCACUCUCCUGUUGAAUAAAUGAAUUGUUUUUUUUAAGUAAA